AUUGUCAAACUCACAAACUUUUGUAUAAUUGUCAAAUUAAAGUAGGUGACGCCAUUGCGUUUAAAAUAUUUUUAAAAGAUAUCGUGAAGAUUUUGACUAUUUUAUAGGCUGAAUUGAAUUAUUUAUUGUGUUUUGGAGUUUUUAAACUAUAAAAUUAUGAUGUUUUCCUUGGCAAACCUCUGACGUCGCAGGGUGCAAUGUCUGGUGGGCGUCUGGUGGUGCUGGACAGCCUCGGACGAGAUGUGAAGGCAUACCCCUUAGCAGAAGGACUGGCCACUAUUGGCAGUGACUCAGCCUGUGACAUACGCGUGGUGAUGCCCACGGUCAGCCCACACCACGCCACUGUAGUGGUGCAUUCUAAUCAGACGGUGGUUAGCAGUAUAAACGCAGGUGAGACCCUGGUGAACGGUGUCGGUGUGAGUGUGUGUGUGUUGCGGCACGGCGACCGCCUGGAAGUGGGCGGCCGCACGCUGCGCUGGGAAUACGGACGCCCGUAUGGACCCCCCUCGCGCACCAACCCGCCUGUGUCACGGGGCGUCAGCAUGCGCGGGCGGCGCCGCAACCCGCCGCAAGCGCCGCCGCAUCGCGCCACUAUGCCCGCUUCAGCGAGUGGAAAACAGGUCGCCAUAGUGCAGCCCCAGCGCAGGCACACAACCAAUGAUCAAAGUGAGCCCCCGCAGUCGAGUGGAAGCGCGGGCAGUCGCUCGCGCAGCAGCAGGAACAACGACGCAGACGCCGCCACUGACAAUGUGGACACUACACACAGGAAAUCGACCGCCAGGGCCAGUCCAAAGAACGUGAGCCUCAACGACACAACCAAGGCGAGCCUCUGGAUAGAGUCCCGCAAGACGCCGCGCGCCUUGCCUCGCGCCUUGCCUCGCAGCGUGCCUCGCGCCUUGCCUCGCAGCACCGCCAGAAAAAGCACGCCCUUACGACUUGCCGUGCUAAGGAAGGCUCAGAGUGCGAACAGGAUGAGAAUCACCAAGAUACAAGCGCCGGCCAAGAUAGACCACACCAAGCAAGCCGCCAUCAUGUUGAUGACGGGACAUACCCCAAAACCAAAGCAACCGACGCCGAAGCAAAGACCAUCCUUCGUGGUGAAGAAACCCAGCCCAGUGCAAGGAAAAAGUCGAGGAAGUUCUUUGGGAGUGACUCCGAAGAGGUUCAGUACUCGGGUUGCGGUGAGGGACAGUGAGGGAGGAUCGGGGGAUAAAAGCAUAUCAACUCGACAAUCACCGGCAUUGCUGAAACCGAGAAAAUCGGCAAUGAAAAAGACUUCCAAAAGAAGCACAAGGAAAACGGAAUCUAUAAAAUUUGAUCUGAGUAACCUUGAAAAUCCUGAAGACCGACCUUCAGAUGUAGUUUUACUUGAAGAUGUGACAAAAGAUAGCGAAUAUGACAUCACCCCUGACGAAGAUAUCUCGCUUCAUUACUCGGAUACUACGAGAACACCGUCUCCUAAAAGAUCGAUACACUCUCGGAGCAGUCGUAUUCUAGAAAGAUCGCUUGGCGAAACCUACGUACAAAAUGUAUCAUCAGAUAGAAGCGCUAAUCCGGACUCCCCUCGUUCGAAAAAAUCCCCAAACCAAUCAGCAUUAGAGUCGCCGCGUCAAAGAAAAUCUCGUGGAAGCCUUAUUGUGGAGAAGGCUCUGGAAAACUCUUUGGACUCCUCCGGUUCCACGUAUUCCCGUAGAACAACCAAGUCUCUGACGGAUCAAAGUUACAUCACAACAAUUGCAUCCACUCGUAAAACUAUGACGCGCAGUCCGAGAUCGAAUAAACGGAAUUUGGAAUCGUAUUCCAUUGUGGAUUUGGUUUCCAUGGAUUCGAUUGGGUCGGAUCGGUCGGUGUAUGGUUCCGCGGGGUCGGAGACGAGUACUGCUCCUUUUGCCACUCCGAGGCCUGGAAGGAGUACCCGGGCUAAUAAUACCUCAGUUUUAAGUUCAAGCACUCCCUAUGCUGAUAAAACUGAACAAGGCUCAAAAACCGUUUCCCCAGUUUCUCUCCGAUCCACCUCUUCCCCACAAGUUGCUGUUACGUCCAGAAAGUCCACACUUUCUCAAAGGAGAUCCGCUUCCUUAACGACUCCAGAAAAUACUCAAACGCGAAUCUCCGUAAACAGUACUAGAAUCUCACGAGCUUCCCGAAGUAGGUCUCGGAUUAAUGACAGUGACAUACUCCCGAUGGACGAUGACGAUGCUUCGCCUAGAUCCUCUAAAAGAAUCAGUAAAUCCAUUUUAACGAGCCCCGUACCGCGGAAGACUAUUACUUUAACUGACACUCCCGAAUCGGUCAAUAAUGGCAAUAUCACUCCAGAGAAUAGAUAUAGCCCCGAAGAAGCAACGACUCCAGUUCUAAGCAUUCAGAACUUACUAGAGCAAAGUUCCCUAAAUCGGAGUUCGUCGUCUUCUCAAAGAUCGCCGAGGCGUAAAGGAGCUAAUAAGCGGAAAACGAUUGGAGGCGAUCGCACAGAGACCAAAAAACCUAGGUCGAGCUUCAAAUCUACAUCGCUCGGGACCACCUCUAGGAGAUCUUUAAGAACAACGACUUCUUCUGUAGACCAUAUGGAUCUGUCUCAUGCGUCGAUCGAUUCAUCUCGAGAUGAAGAAGUGACGACUCCAAAAAGUGGUAUCAUACCUAUCCAAGAGGGUGUUAAAAACAAACAUUCCACUGCCAAAAAAACUCUAUCCAAACGUUCUAUCAUUGAUGACUUGGAUGAAUCUGAUCUAGUGAAACAAUUGUUCAAUAGUCCGGUCAAAAGGAAGCUGUCCCAGAGUAUGACGGAGUUUUCUAAGAAAAAGUUAUUCGAAGACGACGAUUAUGUUCGACGUCCCACAAGAAAUACCUUCGCGUUUACGGGCCGAAGUCCAGAUAAUACUUUUAUGGGGCGCACUGAAGAUUUUACCACAGAUGUAUUUAUUAGCCCUUUGAGCACGCCUGGAAAGAGUCCGAAUAGAAGUGGGCUGGAGCGAGUAUUCGACGAAACUCCCGAAAAUGAUGUCAACAGUGUAUUGCGGACUUCACGCACUAGAAGAUCAAAUAAAAAUGACUUAACUGACAUCGCGGAAGGCCAACAAGUGUCCCCUAGAUCGCCGAUAAAUCGUAUAAAGUACGUCGCUUCAUCGCCGAAAGGAGUUAAAACAUUGACAAAGAAACAGAAAUCACCGAAAAACAACUUGGAAGAUGUUAGGGGUGUUAAGGAAUUGUUUAGAAACAAAAAAAGUGUUUCGAAUGAUCUGCGAAACGUUUCGGGAGUCAAAAAUGCUUUACGUGUCAAUUCCCCGAGAAAUGAGUUGACCGAUGUUCGAGGAUUACGACGACUGUACAGAGAAACUGAACCUAAAAACGACGUAAGCGGAGUUGAAGAACUGUUCUAUGAAGAUUCUCAGGACAGUUUAUUUGAUGUCGUAGUAGAUACGCACGAAAAUCAAGAUUUGAAUGCGACAUUCGAUCAAUUACUCGGAAAACCACCUGUUCUUCGCGCUUACACCAAACCACGAAGCUUCACCAAAGCGGUUAAACCUAAACGAAAGCGAAAUGCAAAAUCAGUUAAUGAUUCAAUUAGUAUGAUAACUGACAACGUAGAAGAAUGGUUGCAGAACGAGUUUAAAAAGUGCGUACAGAAAGAAAAAUCUACGAACAAAACUAACUUGACGCGGGCAUUACAAAAGCUAUCAACUGACACGGUAGAAGGGAACACUCCUAUACUGCUAUCUCGUUCUCGAAACAACACAAUGACUAGAAGUGUAAAUGCAGGAAAUCAGGAACGUAAAAAAUCCGCUUCGGAGAUUUACAGCGCUCACACGUUGCCUAUCAAAAAGCGGUCGCUAGUAAAAGCGGAUAGGUCCAGCCACGUUGAAAGGUUGCCUAUCAAGAAGAGGAGGGUAGUGCAUUCGACGCCCGUGAAGGGUAAAUUCAGUGUGACUAUGAAUGCCUCCGAACUAGGUCGAGUGUCGCCUAUAGCAAAUGUUACUGCAAUUGGAAAGAUGGAUGGGUUAUUACACAGAGAAGUUUCAAAGUUGGCCACUACGAAGAUGUCCCUAACCGAUGACCGAAAAUUAGAAAGGCUAACUACUAAAGAAAUUUCGCCCGAUAUUGCACAGAAAAAACCAUCGCCAAAAAGACCAUCACCAAAAAAACCAUCACCGAAACAAACGCGUGCUUCAAGAUCUACCGCCAGGAAUAAACGCGCAUCUCUAGUUAUUACUAAGAAAAAACCUAUUUUAAGUCCUAAACCUAAUAAAAAGACACCGAAACCUCUAAGCAAUGACAAAAGUAUUGAAGUCCCCCAAAAACAAACUAGAUCUGUAAGAAAAAUACCUGUAAAAGUGAAUGAUAAAUUGAACACGCCUAAAAACACUAGAGCUAAGAAAACUAUAGUUAGUGAGACAGAAAGCCAAGAUUUGCAAAGUGAAGCUAAAAAGAAAAUUGGAAAAACUACUAAAAGAAAGUCCCUAAAUAAAGAACCACCUAAAACCCUUAGAAAUACAAGGGCUAAAGCUAAUAAAAACACUGUAGUUAUCACAAAACCAUCGCCUCAUGCAAAACCUAAACUUGAUACCAGUAGUAACAUGAAUGAACCAACAGUAACCAGGACACGUCAAAGAAAACAAGAUAUAGAAGUACCUGGCUUAACAAUACAACAAAAGCAAUCUCGUCGAACCAGAAAUACCAAAAACGUUACUGAUCCCAAACCUACAAUAGAAAGGCCUAAAGCAAAAACUGUGAAACCAAAAAUAACUGAAGAAAUCCCACAGGAUGUAACUUCUAAACCAAAUAGACGUGGGAAAAAAGUUACAUUUGAGGCUGAAACAAAAGUUGUAACUACAACAAAAAGAGAAGUUGCAUCAAAAUCUGUUAAUAAACAAGUUACAGUUACCAGUCCGAGAGGUAGAAGAAAUCAAAAAGAUAUAGUUGAAGCUGCAAUAUCACCAAAAACUAGAAAAGGACGAAGUAAAAUAACUCAAGAAGAAAAUGUAGCACCUAGCAUUGAGGAACUUAGAACUAAAACAGAACGGGGAGCGAAAAGCAAGAGCGUAACUUUCAAAGAAGAUAUAUCGCCGAAUAAGAAAAGCGAAAGUGUACACAUUGAAACCGAGGGCAUUAAGGUGACAAGAAGCAGGAAAAUUACAGAAGAUACCGUGAAAACAGGCAAGAAAACUGCAGAUUCUGUAAAAACAGCCAAGGCAAAUAUACAAGAAAAACCAAAAAGAGGACAGAAAAGUACAGUAGAAAAAACUGAAAUUGAACCUAACACAACUGCCAGAAGAACAACACGAAAAGUACAAAACGAAGAUAUUACAGAAGGCGUAAAUAAUGUUCUAGAAGAUAAGAAAAAAACACCUAUUGGGAAAAGAACUAGGAAUAUCCAGAAGAGUAGUAAAAGUGAUGAAAUAGUGACAGAAGUUACAAAGAAUAUUUCAGAAGAUGAAAACGAAACAGCCGUUGGUAAAAGAACUAGAAAUGUACAGAAGAGUAAUGCGAAAGGGAAAGGAGAUGAAAAGGUAGUUUUAGAAGAUAAAAUGGAAGUUGUUUCUUCAUCUAGAGGAAGGAGAAAUAAGAAUGUGACAGAAAAAGAAGUUCCGCUUGAAAAUACGAAAGGAAAAAAGAUAACAUCACCAGCGAAGGAAGUCCCAAAGCGCGGCGGUCGGACGAAGAAAGUAGAACCGGCAAAAAAAGAAGUGCAGUCAGAGGAGACCACAAAGCCUGGUCGUCGCAAGAGAAAGAUUGAAGUUGACGAAACGACGGUCAAAGAAUCCCCCGCCAAAAGAUUGCGAGUAACGCGCGCCGCCGCCGCACUUGCGGAGCCAGCGGGCGGGCGCAGUCGUAGAAGAUGAUCGUCUGUCAUCAUAACACACGCUCACACAGUACAAACUAAUAUACUUACGGUACAUAGAAAUGCAGCAUUCAUAGGUUGAACGGAAUCUGCAUAUAGUUUUAUAAACAUUUAGUUUUAUAGAGCGAGCUCCUUUGAUAGGAGGAUAAUUUAAACGUAGGAUUGUCUUGAAUUCAAAUAUUUUGUGACGUUUAUAAUUAUUAUGUUUUUAAUGAUUUAAGAGCCUUUGUACAAAACCACAGGGGCGACCUGUAAAUAACCCUAGUACGAGUUUUACGAAUAUCUAUGUCGAGUUCCUCCAAAUAUCAACGCCAACACUUCUAGAUAAAAUAAAUGGUAUAGAAUUUAUGUACAUUUCAAAGCUAAUGCAAACAAGCGCUUUUUCUCUGUGAAAGAUUUUAAUCCUACAACGGGCAAUCUUUGCUUAGACUCAACCCAAUGCCGUCUAUUUAGGCGUUUUAUUUUAUAUUUCGCGUGUUCAUUGCAUGCUCUUUUUGUACGAUUUUAGACAGAGAAUGAAGAGAAGAAACUUUUAAAAAUCGUCAGUUAUCGAAUUGUGCGAACUCGUACUAGGGGUAUAAUAGCUAACUUUAUAAUUAUAUUUCCAAUCGUUUUAAAAUCAAAUCGUAUGUGUACUCUACAGUCACUUAUAGAAACUACAAAAAAAAACGAAUGUAAAUACAAAAAUGACAAUAUAAUGCAUUUUAGUCGAAAGUACAAAAAUACUAGUAAGUUUUGUAAGUCAGGUUAGAAGUAUAAUUUAGUGUUGCCUAUACAUUGUUAGUUUGCCAAUCCACACUUGGCCAAACCCUUAUUCUGAGAGGGCACCUGUGCUCAGUAGUGAGCCGGACGAUGAGUUGAUGCAUUGUUAUUGCAGCAAAAUGAAUAGUAAUGAAUAGGUAUUCCUAUAAGCCUUAGCGUACAUUAGGUCACCGAAUAGCACUGCAUUAAUUUGCCCCCAUGAUAUAUGAAAAAAUCCAAUAAAUAUAGAAAAUAACAUGAGAAUCGUUAAAGAAAACCGUGUGGAGCAAGAAUUUAACGCACUACCUUCGCAAACUAUAAAGCCUAGGCUAGAUUUGUGUCAAGUCGUUCACAAAAUCGGAUAAGGUGUUUGUCAACAUUUUCAUAUUCAAAAUAGGGGCUUCUUUAGGGGAUCAUUCAGACAACAUAUUGUGCCAAAUUCAACCUUAAUGUAUCGCAUAAAGGUUGAAUAUGACACAUGUCGAAUGAUCGCCUAAAGAAACACCCAGUGCCGUAGAAGUUAAAGUCAAAGUCAAAAUCAUUUAUUCAAAGUAAGUACAAUUGUACUCCUUUAGAUGGUCGGAAUUGUUAAAUUCGCACGAUAUAGUGGUGAUAAAUUAUUAAUUGCGUAACUUAAAACUAAAGCUACGAGGGUUCCAAACGCGCCCAAGUCUGAGAAGUUGGGAACAGCGUCUAAUAUCCAAGAGGUACCUAGAAUCGAUUGUGGUGCGGCCGCUACAUAGGUUCUAUUCGACUCGGCGCGCUUGCUUUGGUACUAUUCGGCUCUAAUGGACGGGAGGCUUUAUUUUCCCCCUGUCAAACUCUUCUCAUAAUUUUAUUACGAAUAUUGGUACUAAAGGAAGAAUAUUAAUGUUAAUUUAAUUUAAUUUUGAUGCAACAAUUCAACUUUUAAUAAUAAUUACUCUAUUUUCUAUUGUGCUGUAAAAGAUUGAUAUUUUUUAUUGUGUAUUUCAUUUACAUAAUUAUUACAUAAAUAAUGUUAUUUUUGCGUUUCUUACUUUUCAUGAUAAUUUUAAAUAAAUAUAUGUGAUUAUGCUCA